AGUGACGUUUGUGUGAUUUUCUGGAAAUCAGUGAAAUGUGGAUUGUGUACAUGUAUAUUGUUACACGAUGCACGAUGUUUGUCUGUACUGAAGGAAGGAAAUAGGAUAUCAUCGUACUGCAUCACAUAUUUUUCGGCUGUAGAACUAAGGUGCUAUCAGUCCCAGGGAGAGUGAGAGGAGCGUUGGGUGCACUAUGAGUGAGGCAGCGCUGGGAAUAGAGAUUGUGGGGGUCUUUUUCCUGGCUCUGUUCCUCCUGCAUCGCUAUGGCGACUUCAGAAAGCAGCAGCGCAUGGUUCUUUUUGGCACACUGCUGGCUUGGUAUUUGUGCUUUCUCAUCGUCUUCAUUCUUCCCCUGGAUGUCAGCACGACAAUCUACAAACAGUGCUUAAUUGAUCAUGAAGUACAUGCUCAGACACCCUCUGUGAGCCCUGUCACUUCAAACCAGACAACUGGAAAUACCUCUGUAUCACCCAGUAAAAGCACCCCACGUGUGUGCUAUAAACCAUGGAGUUACAUUCCAAAUGGCAUCAUGCCAGUGUUCUGGAGGGUUGUGUACUGGACCUCACAAUGUCUUACUUGGCUUCUCCUGCCAUUCAUGCAGUCCUAUGCUCGCUCUGGGGGGUUUUCCAUCAUGGGGAAAAUCAAGACGGCCCUCAUUGAGAAUGCCAUCUAUUAUGGCACAUACCUUUUCAUCUUUGGCUCGCUUCUCAUUUAUGUAGCUGUGCAUCCUCAGUGGCAUCUUUCCUGGUAUGAGCUGCAGACCAUCGGUAUCACUGCGGCCAACACAUGGGGUCUAUUUCUUUUAGUGUUGCUGUUGGGUUAUGGCCUGGUUGAGAUCCCCCGGUCGUACUGGGAGGCCUCACGCCAGGGUCACCUUCUCAUCAAGACUUAUUUCAAAGUGGCCAAGCUCAUGACCGAGAAGGCGGAUGCAGAGGAGAAUCUGGAGGAUGUGAUGGAGGAGGUAAGAAAAAUCAAUGAGUCGAUCAAAUACAACCAUCCUUUGAGGAAGAAUGUAGACACUAUUCUGCGAAAGUGCCCUGUUGAAUAUCAAGAAAAGAUGGGAAGGAACAUGGAUGACUAUGAGGAUUUUGAUGAUAAGCAAAACACAUACCCCUCUGAAAGAAGCCUUUCAAAACUACACAAGCAGGUGAUCUACGCUGUUCAGAGAAACAAUCGCACACGUGUUCAGUGGCAGAUCUUGCUGGAUCAGGCUUUUCACUUGGAGGACGUUGCCAAGAAUGAAACCAGCUCCUCUCGGCAGUUUGUUCACAGCUUUGCUUCUCCAGAACCUGUAGGCUGGUUCAGACGCUACAUCUAUACCCUUACAGUAGAGUGGUACUGGGAGUGUUUGCUGAAACAGUGGUUUUUCCGUGUGCUGGCUGUGGUUCUGGCUCUCUUUUCUGUGGCUGUGGUUUGGUCGGAGUGCACCUUUUUCAGUACUCACCCCGUUCUUUCGCUCUUUGCUGUGUUUAUUCAGCUUGCUGAGAGAGAUUAUAACUACCUGUACAUUGAGAUGGCGUGCUUCAUCACCAUCUUUUUCCUCUGCACCUGCGUCUACUCAACUGUGUUCCGCAUCAGAGUCUUCAACUACUACUACCUAGCUUCACAUCACCAAACUGACGCUUACAGCCUUCAGUUCAGCGGCAUGCUUUUCUGCCGCUUGACUCCCCCUCUUUGUCUAAACUUCCUGGGAUUGAUUCACAUGGAUUCUGCCAUAUCUCACCAGGCAAAGGAGCAAACUGCAUAUACCUCUAUCAUGGGAUCCAUGCGGGUGCUGUCCUUCAUUGCUAACGGCUUCUACAUCUAUUACCCAAUGCUGAUAGUCAUCCUCUGCAUCGCUACAUAUUUCAGUCUCGGCACACGUUGCCUGAACCUCUUGGGCUUCCAGCAGUUCAUGGGAGACAAUGAAAUUACCUCUGACCUGAUUGAUGAGGGCAGGGAGCUCCUGCGCAGAGAAAGAAGAAAACGUCAAAGAAUAGAAGAUGGGGAGAACAGGCGAAGAGAGUGGAAAGAGCGUUAUUCUCAGCGAGAUGAUAUUGCUUCUAGAAACCAGACGUCGAUGUCCGAGAUGAAGGAAACCAACUAUGCCGAAACUCUGAAUUCAAACACAAACCGGCAGGCCAAGUACUCUCGUAGUGGAAGCCAGUCAGGAAGGGACAGCAUUGAGCUACUACAAGAUGCUGAGACCUUGGACUUUAACCCUGAAACACUAACUGAUGACCCUUUGGAAUCCGGCAGUGGGAGACAUGCCAGUGGAAGGUAUCUCUCAAUGUCAUCUUCUCGAAGCCGUAUCUUUGAUGAUGUUUAAAUUAAAGGGUGAAGCAUUUUCAUUCUUUUCAAUCAAAUAACACUGUCUCUACAAGAAUAUACUUCUCUAAUAUUCUGAAUUUUACCUCUAAAAACAUUCAUCUCAACAGAUUUGGUCUAUUUGACCUGCUCAUUUUAAACAUGUUAUGCUUCCUGUAUCCUGUAAAGCAGUGUAGUUACUUGCAUGUUUCCGCAUUACAAUGUAAGCACGCAGACACAUAGAAAAACACACAUGCACAUUCAUUUUGAAGUGCCAGGCAGUCAAACUGCUACAUGUGACAAAUGGGAAAUGUCUUUGCCUACUGUUUCUUUACUCUGUUUCAAGAAAUGAGUCAAAGUUGAUGUGAAGUUGAACAGUCAGAGCACUGAACAUACAGUGUUUUACAGUUGAAUGAGUACUACAGACUGGAAGGAGUUGACCUGAGACACUGUUACAUCAUUUACUACUGAUGGGUUCAGGUACUGAAAUGUAACUUGAGCAUUUAAAAUCAGCCAAGUAAAUAAGAAUUUAUGUGAUUGUGGCAAAUUUGUGUUAGUUGUAUGUGUGAAUAGAGAUUAUGUUUUUUAGGUCUACAUAUAUGCUGUUUUACAAAAUAUCAUGUAGGCUUUUUGUAUGUUAUUAUUAUUUGUUAUAUGCUCUGGCAUUGCAUUUGGGAUACUGUAAAACUGCACUGAAUGAUUGCAGUUAAAAUUACUCUACAAUGUACCAUUUUAAAGUGUUAUGGCUUUCCUGUAGAUGAUUAGUUUAAGGGACAAAUAUUAUUGUCUUUGGGGAAAGAAGCAAUUUUGUCUUUAAAAAAUCUCAAUUAUUUUAUUAUUAUUAUUAUUAUUUACUUUUGUUAAAGCGAUAGUUCACCCUAAAAUGAAGAUUCUGACAUUAUUUACUCAGUUAUGUUGUUCCAAUUCCCUAUGAAUUUCAUUCUUAUUUGGAACACAAAAAGAGGUGUUAGGUAGAACGUAAUGGACUGACACUCGCUUCCAUCUUUUUUCCAAACAAUUCAAGAGAACUGUGACAGCAGAUUUUCUUUUUAGAUGAACUAUCUCUUUAAUGUGCUUGAUAAGCUCGGAGCGGAAUGAGUCACCACGUUCAAAGUGAAACUCAUUUUAACAUUCCAUCCAUAUAAACUGUUCUUGUAUCAUGUAGUUUAUGAAUGAAGGGAAUAAUAACUUAAUGAAUCUAAUAUUUAUUUUCACAAAUGUUUAUCUUGGUUCGUAAAGCUGUAUUAUUAUGUAUUUUGGUUUGCACACAUUGAACAACUGAACUGUUCAUAUCUUUAAAUAAUAAAAAAAAAGGGUUCUGGGAAGAGCACCAUUCCCAAAUUAACUGCCAGAUGCAUGAAUGGAGGAUGUGUAAUCUUGAAUUAUUAUCAGCCCUUUAUUGGUUCUUUGACUUUGGUACAGUGAUGAUCAUCGCUUGUUUCACAUGGCGGUUACUCUUUGUUGACCUUGUGGCCUUGCACAACUGUUUGCAAUUAAGUUGGGUUACCUUAGGGUGUUUUCACACCUAGUUCAUUUGAGCACUCCUAGCGCUCUCAGAGCGGUAUAACGUGUAUAUGUGAACAACCCAAGUGGUCUCAGACCCCCCUAAAAGGACCCAAAAGUGCACCGUACUCAGACCCUUUAGUGGUUUGAUUGAUUUGUGUGAUGUGAAAGCGAAGAGGUACCAGUCCGCUUUGCAUUUUAUGGCUACCUCGUGGCCUGCCAUACAUAGCUGCAGUACAAACUUCAUAUUCCAGUCACAAUUUACUGUCCACAUAUGGUAAUUUUAAGCAAAUAGAUACACCAUGAUUACCAUAAUGUGUUUUUGUGGCCUUAUACUGUUCUUGAAUUAUUUGAGCACCUAAAAUGAACAGACCGGCCACAUUCAGAGUAGAGUAGUGCUUUAAGAUGAACCAUUUUAAAGUGUUCUGAUGUGUGUACUGUCUACGGUGGUUCAUGCCAAACUCCCACAAAAAUACAGGCGAGGGUUUUUAUAGAUUCCCUUUCAUUUUGUUUACACACAAUGUAAAUGACAUGCAGGAGGAGAUGCUUGCUUGCUCCAUUACUCUCGAUGUCAUAGAUAAAGAAACAUAAUUUCAAUUGCACAUAGAAUUUCAAAUGUUUUCCUUCAUGCGAAAUAAGGGCAUGUAAGUUUAUCGGAGAGCCUUAACAUAAUGUGAGAGAGUGAAGAAUUUAAGACAGAAAUACAGUAUACAUUAUUACUAUUGCAUAAUGUAAUAUAAUUGGCGGUGUUGUCUGGGUUUCAUAAAUUAUAUAACAUAAAAUAUUUAUUUUUAUGUUAUUCUAUCCCAGUGAAAUAUUUUUUUAAAGGCUUAAAAGUAAUCAUAUAGCCCCAUAAUGUUUGAUUUCUAGUUAAAUAUCAAUUUACUAAAGGUGCCUAUCUGUCAUAAGCAUAUGUCAUACAAGAAGUAUGACAAUUGCUUAUCAUAACAAUCACAAUUAUUUAUGAAUAAUUAUUGUCUGCCAAUUGUCAAAAACGUGACAGCCCUAGCUGCAAUGUGGUAGGAGCAGUGGUGUGAACAACAAGGGAUCUGAGACCACAAUAAUGUGAAGCGGAUCAAACAAGAAACUGGUUUAAGUCCACUUACAUUUUGAACACCAAAAGCACUGUGGUCAUUUGCGGCUGGUUCCCUUUAACCAAACUGGGUUUGGUUCACUUAAAAUGUACCUUAUGUGAAACCACCAUUAGUUAAGUGGAAAUAUUGUGUGGCAGGCCAUUUAUACUCUGCACGGUUACAUUUUUGUCACUUUUCAAAAUGGGUAAAUCCAUGAUGCUGGUAAAGUACACUUAAAAACAUGUUCUGUUUGUUUGAAAAUGUUUGAUACCAUAUGGAUUAGAGAAGGCUUUAAAGAUUUUUUACGUUUUAAAGACAUAUCCUAAUGCCAAUCACACCUACAUGAAUACAUAAUCAUAUUUAAUACAAGAGUGUGGUUUUCUUAUAGAAAUCAGACAUGUGGCGUAUAAAAUUGUCAAGUGAAUAUGGUUAACAACUACAAAACACUUAUAAAGAGAUGAUAAUAAAGCGUAAGACCAUUUUUGACAAUUUCAGGUGAUUUAAUACUUGAAAUUCUCCUUGUGUUACAUAGAAUAAUCAAAUAUAUCCGAUGUAAAUUACUGCGUGGUAUUCUAUUGAAUAUGCCUUAGUUUUAUUCUUGUUUUUCUAAGAAAGCGCAGUCGCAGAUGUAAGUAAUGUUAGAUUUCACUACUAUAAAUAUGUAAAAAAUAAACUGUCUACUGUAUUUUCU